CACCGCCGCCCGCCCCCAGCCCUGCCCCCCCGGCCCGCCUGCGCCCUUUCACUUCCUGGGGCCGGCGGUUGGCGGUGGUUCGCAACGCGGCCGCCCCACAUGCCGCCCCGAGUGCCCUGAGCCCGCCGGCCCGCCCGGCCCGGCAGCGCCGCACCCUCCCGGGGCCCCCGCCGGGAGCGGAGCCGCGCCGAGGGCCGGGCGGGGCGGCAUGAGGGCGGCGUGAGGAACGGCGGGGAGCGAAGCCCGGCCAUGGGCGAGCGGCGGGACGAGCAGAGCGGAGGGCCGGGCACGGGUUUUCAUCCGGAAUCGGAAGAGUCGAGUUCCCUCUUGCAGACGGCUCUUUCAGUGCUGCAGGGCUCCUAUUUGGACUCUACAUCUCAGGGGAGUUUCCAGUACAGCCAAGCGAUUCUGGUGGAAAAUGAUGUUUUUCUAAGCGAGCUCAAAGCUUUUGCCCAAGCGAAGGAAGGCGCCGGGUACAGCCAGGAGGAGCUGGAGGAGACCUUUGCAUUUCUCCUGUUCGAUAACGAAGAAGAGGCAAAAGAGGUGUGUCAGAGAGGUCUCCGUGUAAACAGCAGCUCUAUUUCCACGCUUGGCGACCCAGCAAAAGGGGUUUAUAUUUCCAAGUAUGCCGACUGUCUUCAUCCCAGACCCUGGUAUCACGGCAAAUCUGGCUACAUUGUCAUUUGUAAGCUAAUUAAGGGGAAGGUCAGGGUGGUGUCUGAGAAUCACACAACCAGCUACACCUGCCCGUCUCCCGGCUAUGACUGCCACGUCGCUGCGGGCAGAAAUAACGUCCCGUCAAAGCCCAACCCCUACCAGGCCUUCAUGCAGAGCCAGUAUUACGUGUAUGAAGUGUCCGAUGGCCGUACUGCGGAGCGGCCCAGGCAGAUCUGUCCAUACAUCCUCAUCGCCUGCCAGUACAGGGAGCCGAAGGAAAUGCCCGUCUUAGCUCUAGAGAGCCUACCGGAGCUUAACCACAAAGCAUCGUACUGUCCGUGGAGGGGACAGCUCUCCAUCCAGGGCCAGCUCUUGUGCAACAUCACCCUGAGAACCCCACACAGCUCCACCAUUCCAGCCCAGCUGCCUCCCAACCUGGACAUGAACCAUAUCAUGGGUUUGUCUGACUUGAAGAAAAAGCUACCAGAAGCUGCAUUUGGGAAAAGAAAUUACGUUGAGAAUGAAGUCUGCUUUCAGGGCAUUUACUUCAGUCUGUAUGAAGUGGAAAUAUCAGAUAAGGAUCAAUACAAAAUGGAUCUGUUAGUAGAAAAUCUGAAGGAAAAAGACUUGGCAAUCGUCAAAUAUUUACAAGAUCAAGGAGUCUUUAUCCUCCUCACGUCCUCCGCCUUGGCACAAGAUGACGAUUUUGACCCCAAGGAGCCCGUCAGCCUCCUGGCCCUGUUUCUGUUCGCCUCAUCCCGGUCUGUGUGCCUGAGAGUUGAAAAGCACAAUCCAAAAGAUGAAAGGGAAGAUAGCGACGAUGGUGACAUCUCAUUAAAGAUCAUGUCCAUUUUGCCUGGACUUCGUUACGCCCUACAAAAAGCCACCGAUUCCUCCUGGGAGGACACAGUUGGUACCAGCAUCCGUAUCAAACAGCACUUCCAGGAAUACACAAAACUCGAUCAAAACACACAGCCCAUCUCUGGCGAAACUUCUCUCCUCGCAUCAACCGAGGAUGGAUAUACUAAUCCCUUCAAAAAACACCCAGAACGAUCCUUCUCGCAGCUGCAGCGUUAUUUUUCCAAUCCCAGCAGCUAUACUCUGGAAGUGCCCGCUGCCUUAGGAUGUUUGACUGGUUCUGUUCCAUCUCUUCGCUACAAUGAUAAAGUGGAUGUCUCUUCAGCUGGGCCACCGGAUCCUCUUCCUCCCAACGCAUCAGCAGCAAUAAAAAUCAAAAGCGAAAGCCCCACAGUGGGGCUGGACCAGAGUGGUGAAGACCCCACAAAAGACAUCAACUCAACCAGCAAGCUCUGGGCGCAGCAGAACAUGAGGAAAUCCAGCCGAGACGUUGCGACCAGCCCCAGGAAGAAAUGGCCACCCCUCAAGAUGCAAAUGCAUCCUCUGGGGGACAGCAGCAGGAACAGGAGAGCAACCAAAAAGAAGAAAAAAAUCAGCAUCUCUUUCUCGUUGCCUAUAAAGCCAGGGCUGACAGCCAGUUCCAACGAGCCCAUGCUUAAAUUAGCCAAUUUGCAGUUUCCACACAGAAGGAAAAGAGGUGCGGAGGUCCUGUCUGCAGAAUUUAUCCACAAAACACAGUCUGAACCUGUUUGGAAGGAAACCUCAGCUCCCGAUGACCCUGGCUUGGAAACAAAGAGACUAAAGACACUGGACCCAGACGGGAAAAUAGUUCCUGUUGCUGAGGCUGUCGCGAAGCCAGUGAAAAAUAAGAUGCUAAAAAGCGCCGCUAACAGCCCACCGAAACCUCAUGCCAAAAACCAAGCAGAAAACGAGUGGAAUGAGCUGUUUGUCCUCCCAGGUGAAGUUUCUUCCCAAUGCCACGGAGCAGAUAAUCAAAAAAAUGAGAUUUACCCAGGCAGGGUCGCCGAUCUCUGUUUCGAUCUGAAGGGGAACAACUACGAGUCCCACGCCUUGAACUUGCUGGCUGAUCUGGCCCUGGGUUCUUGUAUCUCUUCGCUUGUCCCCACGGACAGCGGGAUGAUCGGUGUGUCCUGCAGCCCCUCCAGUGACUCUGCAAAGGAGCAGCAGUGUCUUUGCAAGCAUAAAUCCUCGUGUGUCGCUUCUGAUCAUGAAUACCACAGGGUGGACAAGCUUGCAAAGGGAGCCACCUCUCCUUGCAAAGUGUUGCCAAACCAGAAGCUUCCUCAUGCUGAAAAAAUAGAUUUAAAUGACUUGGCCUCUGUUUCUACGGAGAAAAACACUGGGAUAUUCAGCAAGAACAACAGCGAGAACCCCAGCCCUGUAAAACCCCUUGUCUUGCCUCCAGGAGAGACUCAAGAAGCUGCCGAAGUGAACAAGCACUCCUUCAUCUCUGCUGAGCACUCCUACGCCUCGCAGAUGCCUGAGCACCCAAAAAAACAUAUGUAUCCCAGAGGAGCCCCCUACCCUGGCCCAGCACCCUCCAGAAAUGGAACCAGGAGCGCCCAAGCAGGACCCCUGGUUGGGAAAGUCCUCCCUUUCUGUCACCAAAACAGCACCCACGCUCAGCGACCCUUCGAGGCCGUGGCCAUGAGGCGCAGGAGCAGCCUGCUCUCCACCAGGAUGAAGGAGGACUUUGCCAAGUCCCACACAGUGAACAUCUGUGGUGAAGCCGUAGGUGAUGUGAAGGUGACGUGUCGUUGGGAGGGAGAGUAUCUCUUCAGUUUGGACAGCAGAUACACCAAUGAUGCCCUGGAGAAAACCGUCAUCCGCGCCCUGCAUGGGCCCUGGGACCCUGAUCUGCCCGAUGACGUGGAAGAGAUGAAGCUGAUACUUCAUAUGUGGGUGGCUCUUUUCUACAGCAAACCCAGCAAACUCCUCAGCAGCACGAGGAAGGUGGUGGAGCACAGCAACCCCAAGAAGUAUGUCUCAAUAAACAGCUCUGGAGGCUUUAUGGAGCUUAGUGAUGAUGGUGAGGAGUGUUUUGGGUUGGAGACGUGCCCUGCGGACUCUCGGUCAGACCCUGACCAGACUCCCAGCAGCUCUCUGGAUCGCAGCAUGCAUUGCCAGGGUCCUUUCCAUGCAGAGGAGAGCCCCGCGGACUCGCAGACUGACGCUGAUGGGACUCCUGGUGUUGUUGAUAGUACAGUAUCAUCUUCUUCAGGAGAGCUGCCCUGUGGGGAGGAGGAGGAACCUUCCUCCACAAGCUGUCCUGAGAGCCUUUCCCUCCCUGAACACGCAGAUGAGAGCCUGGCUCUGAAAGACAGACAGACAGCAGCCAUUCCUGAGGAGCAUGUGCAUGACGUCUCGCCCAUCGCUGAGGAGGAGCAGCCCAAGGAGGGACUGACAGACACUACAAUCGCCCCCAGCCCUUCCGAUGAGCUUGGCAAUGCUGACAAGCCCCCAGCUGCACCGGGCAGGAAAAACUCACAUGGCCAAGCCCCGAAUUCCAGGCCAGCUCCCCGGAGCGAUGCACCGAGUGUGCUGCAUGGACACGGAGAGCAGCAGAAGAGGCGGUGGGCGGCAGGGUCAGGAGGUGGCCCCGGCCCUCCCGAGGACACCGAGGGCGCUGGAGAUGCUGGGCACUGUACGGAGGUUGAGGACAAGAGCUGGGUCACCGGUGAUGGACCACAACAUGCCUGUGAUUCGAUGCCCUUAGAAGCACAUUCCAAAAGUGUGAAGCCCGAUGGAGCUAGUGGGAAAGGGAGGGAAUCACAAGAUCCCUUUGGACAUCCAGAAAAAGAGGAAGAGGUGCAAGAAGUUAAAAAAGAGAAAGAGGACUCUGAAUAUGAAAGCACAGUCCUGGGAUCUGUUAAUUCAGCUUUUUUGGAAAGCGGCGGUGCCGACAUGGAGCACGAACAUGGUGAGCAGAAGCCAGAGAAUUUGGCAUCUCCAAAGGACUUUGAUGUUCCUGGAGAGGGCCCUGUGCCCAGCCCUGCUGCCUUAGCAUCCCCCUGCCCAGGCAGAUCAACACCGGGGCUGUCAGGUGGGACUGAGACUGGUCCCCAGGGGCUUCCUGGUGAGAUGGCACCAAACCUGGACACACCACGGGAGCCCUGGGAGGCUCUGGCCACCCCAGAUGCAGAGACAAACCGUGUUGAUUUGACACACACAGCCACUCCAGCCAACACAGGGUUGGGCCGUGACAACGGGUUGAUGCUGCCGUUACUGUCUGAUCUGAGCCUUGUCCUUGGGGCGCAGCCCGACAGCGUCACCGGCAAACGGGGACCUGCUGGAGAAACACUUGGGGACGGCUCGGAGCAGAAAGAUGAGGAUCGUGCGCCCUCUGCAGAAAGGUGGGAGCCGGCUGGGAGCGAAACUGCCGGCACAGCUGUCCUGGAGUCACCGUGCAGCCGGGGACGGUCACUAACUGUGUCCCCUGACUCCAGCUCUGUCUGCCUGACGUCUCUUGGUGGAGCAGCAGAUCCUGGGGCUGCUCCAAAGGAACGGGAGGCCGUGGCAAACAUCCCGUCUCCAUUGCAGAGCGACCUAGGAGGGAGCAGCCGCCUUUCCCAAAGCUCUGGAGGCAACAUUGAUGCUGAUCUGGCUUUGUUGAGCACUGGUGAAUUGAACCAAGAAGGGAAGAAGGUUCUGGUGGAAGAACAGCGUAGCAGCCCUUCCGCCAACCGGACAGAUGUGCUGGGUGAGUCCUCGGGAGCAGGUGACAGCCAAGGCUUUGCCUUCAGCUGUGGAGCCUCAGCAGGUGACUCUGAAGGUGGGGAGAGCGACGACGUGAGUCUGGGUGCAGAGAAUUCCCCCAGGAGCGAUGAAACGAGCACCGGGAUGGUGACUGAGCCACUACAGCAGCCAGAGACAUCUCUUCGUGACCUGCAGGAAUCAGAGCCUUCCUCCUCCUCGGUGACAGAGGGGACGUCUGCCAUGGAGGAGCACCCCAGGCAGCAGCAGAGCUCCCCAAAAAGCCUGUUCCCACCUGCUCGCGCGAGCUCAGCUCCUGCUUCUCCCCAUAAACAGGACCCUCUCCUCCAUGGUGGAGACUCAGACCUCCCCGACCACUUGUUAGAGCAAAGCGAGGGGUUGCCAGUCCUGUGCCAACAUGGGAAAACCUGUGAGGACGUAGGUGCUGCGGAGCUGAGUGCGGCUGUCGAGAGCCUGGAUGGCUCCUUAAAGCCCAGAGGUGCAGAAGAGGUGAAAAAAGAGACGGGUUUGUGCCACGCAGAGCUGACAGAGAGCUCCUCCGUGGCUGUGCUUGUGACAGGUGAUGCGAGAUCAAGGCCUCCUGCUCCUCCACACAGUCACAAAACAGGCUGGGAUAGUGCUGAGCCGGGUUCAGUCUUUGGUGUGCACCCUGCGACACUUUCUCCUGGCACAAAUCCGGCUCUGGGUGGUGCCCCACGGUCCUGCUGUGUGGGCACUUGCCCCAGGUGUGGCAGCCCUGAGGGACAAGCAGAUGCUGUAGGGAGCCACAAGGAACCCAUCCUGCCUGAGGAUUGCGAAGAAGGAAGCAGCAUCUCUUUGGCCAGUCCCGCAUCGUUUUCAGCAGGGGAGUUGCUGAUGCUACCCUGCAGCCCUAAAUCCGUGCAUAACCAGAGCGAGCAUGAGGGAUCCGAUGUGUGUGCAGAUCUGGAGGGUGCCAGCUUGGAGGUGGAAGAGGGAGAAAUCCCCACUGUCCCCUUCCCGAUGUCACCAUCACCUGCACACAAAGGAAUCUCUAGAGAGGGCCCAGAGCUUAGUGACGUUGAGGAUAUUUCAGACAUUGUCCCCUGGGCGAAGCAGCUCCCCAGCAAAGAGAGACACAGGGGCUUGACUUCUGCAGAUCGCUUUGAUUCUUUCUCCGGUGACUCAGACCAGGAUUAUUUUGGGGGGACUUCACGAUCCAGGGGAUCCUACAGCACGAGAUCUGUGGGUACAAGGACUAACUGCGACUCGCCCUCCGUGAGCUCGGUGCACACGGAGGGGAGCAGCGAGGACUGGCGCUUGCAGGGAGCGGAGUGGAGCUGCUCACGGGCUGAGCACGGCUGGUCGAUCGGCCCGGGGAGAACCAAGAGCAGGUUCAUUCCACCAUACGUCAAUAUUAGGGACAGCCAGGGCGUCACCAAGGACUACCAGAACUUUGUGGUCACCAAAAAGUGCCGGGAGAGGAUGGGAAAUUUGCCAUCUUCGAGGUGCAGCCACCGCGCGGGGCAGUCGCAUUUGUUAAAGUCGCUGCUGGGGAUGGGGAGGGGGUUUGAGGAAAUCACCCAGAGCACUUUGGACACAGAGUGUCUCCGCUUCCAUUAUAAGCUAAAACAAAUCCUGAGGAGGGGGAAACCACCCUUUUCUACCUCCAAAAGCAUCUUUCCAAAAGACUUUUCUCCCCGGGCGAUGUCUGAGACGUUGCCUGUGCAAGGAGCUCCCGUCCCGCUCUCCCCGCGGAGCAGGAGCCCUUUGCAGGUGACGAUCCUGCCCUCGGACACAUGGCUGAGGGGACCCAGCUGUCCCCAGCAAAGCAGCCAGCAUGGGGACCCAUGUCCACUGUGGCGGGACACCCUCUGUGACAAGAGGAGCAGGGCCAGAUCCCAAACCGUGAGCCACGGCCGCGCACCUCCCUUCCACCUCAGCAGGCUCAAAUACGAUAAUAAGCUAAAGGACCCAUUUGGGGACAUCGCUGUCAUCCUCGAUGAGUGCGCCGCGUUCAACAGGGUGAUGCUGAGCCGGGCUGACGUGAGGAACAAGGGCAAAGGGCCGGUUGUGGCACAUGGGGACGCUGCGAGUGAGCGGACACGUGCAUCCCUGCCUGAGAGGACGGCCACCUUCGAGGAGAUGAUCGCCGACCUGUGCAGCACAUUGCGUUUCCACCUGCGCAGCGUGGCCAAGGAGGCCUGCACCCCUCCCGGCAUGUUCUACGUGGUGGAGACGGGCAAGGAGCCGUUCUUUACGAGAGUGAAGACGUUGCUGCAGGAAAGCGGCCGCGUGGAGAUGGAGCCCCUGAGCUUCUGCGAAGCGAAACACCCAGACGCUGACAGGCUGCUCGUCGUCAUCAGGAACGAGGACAUUUCCUUGCACAUCCACAAGGUCCCGUGCUUGCUGCAGCUAAAGCGCUGCCCCAACGUGGUGUUUGCCGGAGUGGACAACCCUGAAGAUAUAACGGCUUAUACAUACCAGGAGCUGUUUCAUACCGGCGGCUUUAUAGUGUCAGACGACGAGGUUUUGGAAACGAUAACGCUGGGCCAACUCAAAGAGGUGGUGAAGGUGCUGGAGAAGCUGAACAGAGGCGGGAGGUGGAAGUGGCUCCUUCACUACAAGGAGAGCAAGAAGCUCAGAGAAGACGUGAGGGUGGACGCCAACGCCCACAAGAAACACUUGAUGGUCAAGUCGUACCAGGGAGCCGAUCUCAUCGAGGUGCUGCCCUUCCACGCCUGCGACGCCACCUCGUCCCCCAAACCCGAGCACGUCAAGUGUUUGUUGAACCUGCAGGUUCAGCGCAUCAGCGCCAGGUUCGCUGUGUAUCUCACAGGUUUCAGAACAACGUCGUUGCCCUGUUUAAAUCACGGUGCCGCUCCUCGCUCUGCAGAAAAGCCCGGCCUCAGCAGGGAGGUCCUCGAGAGCAACGGAAUCCUCGUGGCCGACGUCAACACCUUCCUCUGGACGGUGCCAAAAGCGGCCGCCCCGUUUAGAAGAAGCUACUGGUGACGGAGCGAAACCGCAGCCACGGCUCCUCCUCAGGCCCCGCGCUCGCUGGUCUGGGCAUCCUGGUCCUCAACGGGACACCCCAAAAUCCCAGGGGGUUUUUGGGUGCUGCACACAGGAGCCACGCGCAGAAAGGUCGGCUCUGGUUCUGUAGAUAGGAAUUAUUUAAAGAUGGCUCACGCAAAUCCUCCUCCUGGGGAUUUACUCCCUGCCAUCGACUUGCAAAUAGGACAGAGGUUAUUUUAACAGUUUUAAAUUAUUGGAGUGUUUUCGGGUGAAACGUUGGGACAAAUAGGAAAAUUGAAAAGCGGUUUACUUGAAGGUGAGGAGCGGGAUGAGUCUGUGAUAAUAGAGGCAUUUUCCACACAUACUGUACAAGACGCCCACGCUGGGGGCGAGUGGAUGUUUCAAAGGUGUUGGGGACCCGGUGCUGUGUCCCCUUCACAUCACGUCUCCAGCCGCCCUCGUUGCCUCUUGGGCGCAGUUCACUGCUGGGCCCCCAGGGGGAACCUCGUGAAACAGCCAAACGAGGCCACGGAACAAAAAGCUUCAAUUUGUGGGAGCGCAAACACGUGCAGAGAAGAAAAUGCCCCAUUAAAGACCUUUGUACGGCCGGUACAGAGGACAGGGUUGUCCUCUUGUUGUUUUUUUUUUUUUUAAUUUUAAUAAAAGGACGUAAGAUAUUAUGUACAGGA